AUGGCGUCUCUUCCAAACUUCGAUGAUCUUCCUCCAGUCAAGGGGAUGCCGCAAGGCUGUGCAUGGGGCAUCUUCGACAAAGACGACAGGAAGGAUCUUCUAGGCACCUUGAAUCUCCUAACCCCAGAAGUUGUCCAGAAUGCUGUCGCAGAGGUUCGCCAAGGCGUGUCCAUCUCUCUGAAUUGGCCCAUUGGAAGCAUCAAAAUUCCAGGGUUCUUUCGAAAAAGCCUCUGUCACAAUGUCAUGAAGCUGGAAGACUCGGUAUCUGGCAGCCACUAUGGGUUUGAUGACGAGCUCGAAUUCAACACCCAAGCUAGUAGUCAAUGGGAUAGUUUGGCUCAUUUCAUGCAUCUCCCAACCGGCCUCGUCUACAACGGAGUGAACCCAACAAUCGAAGCGUUUCAAACCCCCGAAACUGUCCAGCAUCUCCCGACACUAGACCGCCGAGGCGUACUAAUCGACUUCAAGAGUUACGCGCAGAACCACGGGAUAAGCUACGACCAAUUCUCUGGCUUCCGAAUCGGGAUCAGCGAGCUAGAAGCAGUAGCUGCCUGGCAGGGACUAACCUUCCUAGCAGGAGAUAUCCUACUCAUCCGAUUUGGCGUAACAGAGACGCUGGCUCAAAUGACUGGCGCAGAGCAGGGCGUUGCAAUGAGCAGCGGCAAGAUGUGUGGACUGGAGGGAAGUAAAGAAAUGGCGCGCUGGCUCUGGGAUCGGCAUUUUGCCGCUGUUGCUAGUGAUAACACUGCUGUUGAAGCUAUGCCGCCUCUCAUUGACGGUGUUGAACAGUCUACCCAUGAGCUAGUGUUGCAUCAGUGGUGUCUGAGUUUGCUGGGUAUUCCACUUGGGGAGCUUUGGGAUUUGAAAGUACUGGCUCAUACGUGUAGGACUAGUAGCCAGUAUUCUUUCCUGCUUACUUCGUCUCCGCUGAAUGUUCCUGGUGCUGUCGCGAGUCCUCCCAAUGCACUGGCCAUUCUGUGA